CAACUCCCUGAGUGUGUGGAGCAAUAUUUUUUUCUACGGGAUGGGGUUACCGACCCCAUGUCCAACCCUCCUCCUUUACCUGGGCUUGGGAGCGGCAGUAACUCUAGAAGAGAUACAGGCGGAAUUAUCGCAUUACAGCAUGCGAGUAUAUUUUGGUUCCUGUUUGUUUGUAUAAUUGAUGCAUUGUACCAUUUCUAAAUGACACUGUUUUCUCUCCAUCCAAACAAUGCAUACAUAAUAGGAGUACCAAUCAGUCAACAAUGGGAUUCUCGCGGUUAUCCGUAUCCAAUUCAAAUAGCACAAUUUGGUUUGAAUCAUUUCAGUAAAUUAGUAAUAUCAUCUGAUCGAGCAAAAUUUGAAAAAUCUGAAAAUGUUUUGUCGUUAGACAAUAAAAAUAUGGAGUUAGAUCUUAUUGUUCCCAGUGAUAAUGUAAUUCAUCGUUGGACUGAUAGAGAGUUUAUACAUAAAUGGAAUGACAAACUUAUAUUAUCAGGUAUGUUCGGAGGUGUUGUAAUGUCACAUCGAAUUGGUAAACUAAACUCCUAUGGUCAAGCAUUGUCAAUAACCACAAAGCUUCAAGAAUGGGAUUAUCUCAUUAUGAUUGGUCGUCAGUGGACAUAUGGAAGCUAUAUUGAAUUAUCACUUUUAUGGUAUCCUCCAGUUGGAAGAUCCAAGAAUUACCCUACAAAAAGUCUAGUUGUAUACAAUUGUUCAUCAUCUCUAAUUAGACAUCAAACCUAUGCUACUAUCAUUCGUAAUAAUAAAGUCACAUAUUGGAUGCCUGAAUGUGAAAGACAAGCCAAGAUGUAUGGAUUUGUUGAUAGUAUUAAGGUAGCACGUGAUCUUUACACUGAUUUAAUGAAAGUAUUCUACCCACACCGAAAGUCAUCGGAAUAUGCUGGUUUAAGUAGUAUGAAAUUAUCGAAUACUGUUAACGAUGCUAAAAAUCUAUCGUAA